GGCAACCGCGCAAAAAACGCUUUUAUGCUUACAUGCUGAGCUGUGAGCGUAUUUGUGUGUUUUUUGUGACAAUAUCAUAGUGGUCGGUGUAAAGUGUAAGUGUCGGAGAGAUGCAACAGUAGACACCCGAGGCAUAAUUAGAAUUCCAAUAAUAUUUGGGGUCGGCAGACCUGAUGACAUAGUAGCUCAGCACAACAGGCAAGGCAUCCCGUGCGCGCAAGUCAGGGCGCUCUUUUCAGCAGGGCGGAACUGCGCCCAUCUAUUUGUAGUUCCCUGUGUCUGAAUGUCACACGCGAGGAGGUAGAAUAGAGAAACAAAAUACAUUAUUUAAUAUUAUACUUCUAGCAGGUAUGAUAGUGCGAUUUAAAACUGCGCGUAAAACCGGCUGUUGUUGCCCAUUUUUCCACCAUGAACGCAUCGGCUGGAACGGGGGUGUUCGUCUUGUCCUUGGUGUCAAUUCCCAUGACAUAUUUAUUUAAUUCUCUCAUAUAUUCUAACAGUGUUGAAGCUAUACUUUGUGGAGCAGGAUCAACCAUUGCAAUAACAGCAGUAUCAGCUCGACUUGUACUUAAAAGGAAAGCACCCCGGGAUCCUCUAUUCUAUGUGUUUGCUGCCUACGCCUUUCUGAGUGUUAUCAACCUCAUCAUAGGUUUGGAGCAGGAUGGCAUCAUUGAUGGAUUCAUGACCUUUUACUUGAAAGAGGCAGCCGAGCCUCACAUCAACACUGCCCAUGGACAUAUGACCUCCUACUGGGAUGGCUGUGUGCACUACCUCAUGUACUUGCUGAUGGUGGUGGCCAUCACCUGGGGAGAGAGUUACAGGGCCAUUGGCCUGUACUGGGCCGGAUCCGUCCUGAUGCGCAUCAUAGUCUACAUUCCCGGCAAUAUUGUGGGAAAGUAUGGAGCCCAUGUGAGCCCGCUGUUCCUGCUCCACAUGCUGUACGUGGCGGUGUCCAUCUGGGCCUGUUUCAGAGUGUGCCGACAGCCAGAUGUGCGUGGAGCUCUACCAGAGGAUAUUCAGGAGAGCCAGAGGAGGACUCUGUGGCAGAGGCCUGUUGACUUGCUCUUUGCCCUCUACCUGCUCCUAGCUGCCUCCUUCUGCCUGUUCAGGGGCCUGGUGGCGCUGGAUUGUCCAUCAGAGUGUUGUCAAGCAUACACUCAGUACUAUGAGCCGUACCUGAAGGAUCCCUCGGCCUACCCCAAAAUACAAAUGAUUGUGAACAUGCUGUACCUGGUGCCGUACUACGUGGUGACCCUGUACAGCCUGCUGGUCCCUGGCUGCGAGUGGAGCCUGGAUCUCACACUAGUACACGCUGGCGCUGUGGCGCAGGCCCAGUUUUCCCACACCGGUGCGUCUCUCCACACACGGACGCCCUUCUCCUACAGAGUCCCAGCAGACUCUCAGCUCCUCUUCCUCAUCGUCAACGUCAUCUUCGGCCUGAUGCCACAGCUGCUAAGCUACCAUCUCCUCAGCAACCGUGCCUUCUUCCUCAGGCCGCCCCCUUACAAGACGGACUGAAGGACCAUCCUCUAUCAUCGCCAGGACCAGGGCCGCGGACAACUUAGGGACGGAAAAGUCAUCUAAAAGCCCCCAAAACACACACUCAAUUCAUACAAUGUAAUGAGAACCCAAGGGUGGGACCCCCCAGCCUUUUCCCUGGGGACAGUACAACUGACCCCUUUGUCACCCCUCUCGGCUUCCCUGGUCCCCAUCACACUGUUAUGUGGUCUUUAUUGAGGACCCAGUUUAUACUGAGUGUAGUAUGUAUUGGAGUCUACAUACUGAGAGUUUUUACAGAGUUUUACGAUAUUAAACCUUGACUGAGUUAUGGUCAUUUCAACGGUGCUUUUAGUAGAAUGUAUUACUAUUGCUUCAUCCAACAGCCUUCUGUGCAAGCGGAUGUGGUCUUGACUUGCAGUAUGACAGUCUCUGACAACCAGAGGUUGAAGCUCCCAUGUUGUUGUUAUUGUCUUGUGUAAAUAUGUGGAGGUCUGGGCUGUGUGUCAUUUGGGUGAAAGGUCCAAUGGCUCGUCGUCACUUGUGGUAUUACCAUGACAACUAGCCUUAGUGUGGCCAGUCAUCAGUCUUCUCCCUGUGUGUGUGUGUGUGUGUGUGUGUGUGUGUGUGUGUGUGUGUGUGUGUGUGUGUGUGUGUGUGUGUGUGUGUGUACAUUCCACUGCUCUGCACAAACUUGUCGCCACUGUGCCUCUCUCUCCUAUUGGUGCACUUCUGCUUAUGACAAAGCUGGUGUCUGUACAUAGUACACCUCUCUUUCCAGGUUAAAUUAAAUUUACAGUGUCAUGAUGUUUCCUUUGUGAUAUAUUUACUGUAUUUGUUCACAAUAUCAGAUCUGUAAUGUUGGUUGUGCACUGUAGCUUUAGACGUAUACCGUUGUCACAUUAACCGAGUUUUGAGAUUUAUCAUACAUUGUUGUCCUGUUGUAUGUUAUUUGCAAAAGCAACAAUACUUUUAUUAUGACAUAAUUCUAACUGCUGAAUAAACAGUGAACUCAGCGUUCCAUGGUGUCAUUUAUUGUACAGUAGGUGGUUAUGUGAAGCACAGCAAGGGUGUGUAUUCACUGGGCCUGAUCACAGGUAGGCUCACACGCUGCAUUCCAAUGAGUUUAUUCUGUAAAAUUCUUGUCAAUAAACAGCAAAAAACGGUUUACAUUGAACUACAAAUAUUGAAAAUGUAAAACUUGUUCCAAUUACAAGCAUAACAAAGGUCAAAAUAUGACGGAAUAAACAAAAAAAUGGGACUACAUUUACCACAGAUUUCUUCAGUUUACUCAUCAAAAAAAUAAAUAGAAUAUAUUCUUUUAUAUAAAACAAA